AUGACUACAGCAAUUGCAAUUGAGGAUGUAAGGAAAGAAGUCGAAAUAUUGUGCGCUUUAACAGGACAUAGGAAUCUGGUUCAAUUCUAUGAUGCCUAUGAGGAUGAGGAAAAUGUUUAUAUAGUCAUGGAGUUAUGUAAAGGAGGAGAAUUGCUGGACCGGAUACUUGCAAGGGGUGGGAAAUACUCGGAAGACGAUGCCAAAGCUGUCAUGGUACAACUUCUAAGCGUGGUCUCGUAUUGUCAUCUUCAACGGGUUGUUCAUCGCGACCUAAAGCCUGAGAAUUUUCUUUUCGUUUCUAAGGAUGAGAACUCUCCUUUAAAAGCCAUUGACUUCGGUCUCUCUGAUUAUGUAAAACCAGAUGAAAGGCUUAAUGAUAUUGUCGAAAGUGCAUUAUGUGUCACAGUUUAUGGUGGCAGUGACUCAUAA